CUUAGAUUUAAAUAAUAAAAAGUAUAAAAGGGUCGCUUUUAUUUUAUCGUUUUAGAGUUGAAUGAUAAGACAAUUUAUAAAAAGAACCAUGUCAACCCAACAAGUCGAUAACUUUUCUAUUCAUGGAAACUCCAUUAAAGAGGUAUAUGACAUUCCUAUGUCAGUUGUCAACCGACCUAUUCCCUCACAACUCGACCGAGAAAAAGUUGAAAACAUGAAAGAAGUCUUACAAAUACCUGAAAGAGAGAAAGAAUUGACACCUAUUGAUGUGCAUCACGUAAAGCAUAAUGAUCAAGACUAUUAUUUUGCCUUUGGUGGAUGUCAUCGUUGGGCAGCCAGUAAAGAACUCGGAAGAGAGACCAUUCGAGCCAAAUUGAUUGAAACACCGGCUAGUGUCAUUUCAACUUAUCUCGGUUCAUCUUCACCAUUUAAAAAGUAAAUUACACAACUUGCACUGUAAAUAAAUCG